AGUAGUUGCGUAGUUGCUGGUAGUUGGUUGGCAGACGACUGAUUUGUGUGCGGCAGUCCACCACGUGGGUGUCAACGAUACCGCAAGUUGUGGUCGGCGCAAGACCAUGCAAACGACUCGCGAACAUCGUUGGCUUCCUCGACUGUGGGAAAUGCGCGCCUUCAUGUAGAGUUAUGUUGGUGUGUUCGACUCCAACAAGGCGAGGAUAAUCAUGUUGCGAAAGGUGCUACUACUACUGAGCAUCGGAACAGCCUCAGGCCUCAAGUGUUACUGUGAUAUCUGCGGUGAGGAUACCAAUCACACCUGUGUAACCGAUGGCAUCUGUUUCGCCACCACUACAAAAUCCAAGACGGGCGCCCUCAAGCACGAAUACAGGUGUCUCGACAAAAAAAAGAUGUUCCCUCCUGACAAUCCAGUGGCGUGUUCAAAGUCUGGCUCGCACAAUCCUACCCAUAUGGUCAUAAACUGCUGCUCCAAUUAUGACUUUUGUAACCGCGAUCUCCGUCCAACCUUUCCUGCGGCCACAGAGGCUUCAGGCGACACAGCGGUGGGUUCGUCAUGGCCAAGUACACAUGAGCUGGCCUUUGCCAUUGGAGGCCCCAUAUGCCUUGUGUGCGUGGUGCUCAUGGUGGUGUACCAGCUGUGGCAGCAGCGGAGGCGCCAUUUUCGCUAUGAGAUGGAGACAAGCUUGGAGAGUGAGCCCAUCUUGCUUCCACCUGGGCAGACCAUCAAGGAUAUGAUUGAGAUGACCACCUCUGGCUCGGGCUCAGGCCUGCCACUACUGGUGCAAAGGAGCAUAGCGCGUCAGAUACAACUGGUGGAGGUCAUUGGCAAAGGCCGUUACGGUGAAGUAUGGCGAGGCCGGUGGCGUGGUGAAUCGGUGGCAGUGAAAAUAUUCUCAUCACGGGAUGAGCGGUCAUGGUUUCGUGAGGUGGAGAUCUACCAAACAGUGAUGCUGAGGCACGACAACAUCCUUGGCUUCAUAGCUGCUGACAACAAAGAUAAUGGAACCUGGACGCAAUUGUGGCUCAUCACGGACUACCAUGAAAAUGGGUCGCUCUUUGACUACUUGAUGAGGAUUCCAGUGGAUACAGCAACAAUGUGCAAGAUGGCUUACUCCAUUGCCAAUGGCCUGGCACAUUUGCAUAUGGAGAUCCUUGGCACCCAAGGAAAACCAGCCAUUGCUCAUCGUGACAUCAAAAGCAAGAAUAUUUUGGUGAAGAGCAGCGGGGCGUGUGCCAUUGCUGAUCUGGGACUGGCUGUGCGUUAUGACUCGGCCACCAACUCGGUUGACAUCCCACCAAAUCCGCGUGUGGGCACCAAGCGCUACCUGGCACCCGAGGUGUUGGAUGAAAGCAUCAACAUGAACCACUUUGACUCGUUCAAGCGUGCUGACAUUUAUGCCCUGGGAUUGGUACUUUGGGAGAUUGCCCGUCGCUGCAACAUUGGAGGCAUCUAUGAAGACUACCAGCUGCCCUACUAUGACCUGGUGCCAGCUGACCCAACUAUUGAGGAGAUGCGCAAGGUGGUUUGCACAGAUCGGCAGAGGCCGGCUCUCCCUAACCGCUGGCAGUCAUGUGAGGCGCUGCGGGUCAUGUCCAAGAUCAUGAAGGAGUGCUGGUACCAUAAUUCGGCUGCCCGGCUUACGGCUCUUCGCAUCAAGAAGACCAUUGCCAACCUUGGAGCUCAGGAGGACCUGAAAAUCUGAAGGAGGAGGACCACAGACCGUUUCUUUCCUGUGCCUUUUGCCACUCCACGCCAGGGGUGACGUUCUUCGACAGUGUCUCCUGCCCUCCCUUUUUGGCAUCUUGUUGUUGUGUGAGCCAGAGACAUCAAAAUACAGCCUUUUGAGGCUUGGCUCAGUGAGUGGUGACAAUGUGACUGAUGGAUAGCCGCUGCUGGUUUUAAAAGUGUCUGCAUGUUGUGAGUUUUCAUUUUUUAGCCUCAAGUAAUUUAAGUUGCACGUGAUAGUUGGCAUCAUCCCAUUGGAACUGCUCAGUUUUUGUGUGUGGGAUCAAGGCACAUGUACCAGUGUUUGUGAGCAAACAGCACUGUUUUCCUGGAGCUCAUGGUGCUUCUGUGGGCAAUUGAUGGGGGAACUGGUUUGUUCCUUCUUGCCUGGUGGCUGCAUGUUGGCUUCUCAUGAAAUACUCCUGUUUGUGAUGACAGCAGCUGGGUUGCACCAGCUAAGCCGCUGGGUAGGUGAGUGCAUUUGCGCCCCUAUAUUUCUACCUGGCCAUUGUGCAGGGCAUUGCUGCCCAAGCCACAUAGCAGUGUUAUUCGCUGUGUCAUGGUAAAUUCAUUAUCAAUAUCUUGGCUCGAAUUCCAUGGGCAAGAUUUUAGGUACUAAUUUUUUACCAAUGAAAAGUUAGUGCUAACUUAUUUUAAGUUGGAGGAGUACUGACAAAAAAAUUUGGUGUCCGGCUUUUCUUGCUUUUUUGGGUAGCUGUCAACUCCAUAGUUACGGAACGAAGCCUCGAUUUCUAGAGAGCGUCACAAAUGAAAACUGCAGCACUUUUAGUAUGGCCCGUCCAAAAUGCUCUUUAAGUGCAGCCUGGUCUCCUACCUGAAAAAGGUUACUUAAGUCGCCAAAAGUCGAUGUGGCGAGACGGGGUGGUUGAAGGCCAUAGAAUGACUGUGUCGCCGAAAGCUGUUAAACUGGCCGUGCCGGGUUGUUCGCUUCUCUUAGAAACGCAGAGGGACACACUUCCCUCUUGUCCCAUGGAGUGCUGAAAGGACUCUGCUUUAGCCACCACGGCCAGUGUGUAUGUAGUGUCUGGUACCACGAGACCGCCCCAACAUGUUAACGCGAUAGCAUUAAGGGCCCCUUGUCGCAAAAAAAUGUGGUGUCUGCACCAAUCGUCUUUGGCGAAAAAUCAUUCCGAACCACAUUCACGCGAGCCUUCCGCGUGGUGCAGAGGGGUUAGUGAAGUAACUGAAUUUCUUAAAAGUAAAAUGCGUCGGAAAAAUCGUAAAGUACGACUUAACCACAACCUACAGACAUGAUAGCGUCAGAUUGUAAUUUGAAUAUACGAUAAAACAUAAUUCUGUUAUGGUGGAAACUCAAACACAAGCCCCUUUUCCAGCAUUUCUACCAUUCAUACAGCAGUGUGCCUCGAUCGGUUCCUUGCAACAACGCCAUUUAGAUGGCGCUCGCCUCCUCGGCAGCGGCGUGCAGAGGCGAAGGAGGAGAAAAAAGAAAGCUGCAGUUGCUGGCAAGUGGGACAAGCAGUCGGGGAUCUUUGUAUGCUAUUUUCACUAGUUUCACGAUUUCACUAUUAAAGGUGAAAUUUAAGCGUCCUCCAAAUUUUUUUCGGUCAUAAAAUGGGUGACGGUGAAUUGACGUGAUGCAUGACGAAAUGGGUGAGCAGUGUGUUUUCGGACAAAAAACUGGAGCCACGCUGCUCUUGGCAUGCAUUUUGAAAUGGUCGUAAUAAAAGGUAAUGUAAUUGAUUAUUUCUUAAAGGCUCUCGGGGAAUCAAGACUGCAUAACAUAGGGCUAUCCAGUAAAGUAAUAAAAACGGGACAAACAUUUUCUGCAGUACUCCUUUAAGCCUUUACAGGUAGCAUUGUUGUAGGAUCACUUGUUAAAAGUUCUUAUUCUUGAUGUGCAUUUUGCUAUUAAAGGGAUGCUGAAGAAAAAA